AUGGCCGGUUUUGCGGUAGCUCUCACAGUGAUAACGACAAUAAUCUCUCCUUGUGUCUAUGGAAAGGAGUUUUCUGAUCAUCCGGAUGUCAAAGUACAAAGACGUUUAAAGCAGCUCAACAUACCUGCUCUUAAAUCAAUUAAGAGUGAAGAUGGAGAUAUAAUAGAUUGUGUUCCGAUAACUCUUCAGCCAGCUUUUGAUCAUCCUCUGCUUAAAACCCACACCAUCCAGAUGAGGCCGAGUUUUAUCCCGAAAGUUAAUUCUACGUACACCAAGAAAGAGCCAAAGGCUAUAACUCAGAUAUGGCUCAAGAACGGAGAGUGUCCAGAAAACACUGUUGCUAUAAGAAGAACAGAGAAAGAGGAUAUCUUACGAGGAAAAUCCAUUGAGAGUUUCGGGAAAAAGAUUCAUGAUCAAAGCAACGCUGGAGGCCAUGAGGUCUAUCCAGGAAAAUAUGGUGAUAACAAAGUUAGAUUAUUUGUUUACUGGACGAGCGAUGGGUACGGAGCCACAGGAUGCUACAACACUGACUGCUCAGGUUUUGUUCAGAGGAGCAAACGGGUAACUGUAGGUGGAUCCUACUGUGAGGUCUCACAAUACGACGGAGCUCAACACGAGCUCCCCAUACUUGUUUGGAAGGUACUACUCACAUAG